AUGUUCUCUGGCCAACCACGGUCAUCAGAUCCGCGCGACACAAUGUCUACAUCAUCACCUUACAAGGCCUCACCUCUAGGAUACCCGGCCUCGCCCACACGCAGCUCGCCCUUUCGCCGCCCAGAGUCUCCCUCAUCGCCGUCGCCGCUGCGCUUCUCAACGCCAACCGGAUCGCCGACGAAGCCCAGGCCCCAGAGCGGAGGACCAGGUCGAUUCUCACAGCCCGGUACACCGACAGCCACCCAAAUUAGCUGGACCCCGAGACCGCAUUCGUCAUCUCAACAUAGACCAGGAUUCAACAUGCCUACACCUCGUACCGGAGUAGCGCAGGCCAUGGGCCAUGGAAACGCCCUUUCACAGCUGCAGCCCGCGCAGGUCCGCGGGCUGCGCGACAGCUUCCAAAUACUCGAUCGUGAUUGCGACGGUGCUAUAAAUAGAGAAGAUGUGGCUGAGAUGUUGCAGCAACUUGGCCUCCCCUCGGGCCACUCGGAUAUCGGUCGAUUCUUUCCACCUUCUAAACCACAAACCAUUACCUUGGCGGCAUUCUUGAACUCGCUGGCCGAAAGCCUUGCGGCUCUGUCGGACAGCAGUGAGUUAUUGUCUGCGUUUUCGGCUUUUGACGAUGAUGACAGCGGCCAGAUUGACUGGGCGGAGCUGCGUGAUGCACUGGUGAAAACAGCGCCGGAGCCUGGUGUGAGGCCACUUACUGCAGCUGACGUUGACUCCGCUGUGAGCGGCUUCACUGGCCGCCGCGCAUUCAAUAGAAAUAUGAAUGCUCAGCUAGGGGCGAAGCGCGGCGACGUCUUUCGAUACAAUGAUUUUGUCAACUCUAUUGCGGGCGUAAGUACAUCUGGAGAGGCAGCGUCCAGCGGCAACGCGGCUGCGUAG